GCCGGAGGGGUACCCGCUCGCCCCGGACUACAAGGCCCAGAGGCCUCCGCGGCGCAGCCGGGCCGGGCCUGGCGCCUCCGUCCUCAGCGGCGCGCGGGGGGCGGCGCGGGGCCGAGCCCGCCCCCGGCAGCGGCGGCGGCAGCGGCGGGGCCCUGGCAGGUCCCCCGGCCGGGCCGGGGCUGUGCGUAUGAGCCCCCCGCCCCCCGCGCCGUCGGGGGUCGGGGCGGAGCGGGGUCCCGCCAUGGCGGCGGGGAGCGGGGCAGCGGGGGCCUCCGCCCGGGAGCACCGCCUGGAGCCCGGGGACACGCUACCGGGGCUGGCGCUACGCUACGGCGUGACGAUGGAGCAGAUCAAGCGCGCCAACCGCCUCUACACCUCGGACACCAUCUUCCUCAAGUCCACCCUCCUCAUCCCCACCCCGGCGCUGCCAGGGGGCCCCUGCCCUGAUGACGAGGACAAGGACACGUCCGUCCCCUCAGGAGACACCUCGGCUGCUCCCGCUCCGUCCCGCCACGACCUCUCGGCCACCGAUUUCCUGCGGCAGCUGGACGCCGAGAUCGGGCGCUCCAAGGCGGCGGCAGCAGAACGGCUCCGCGCCGGCAGCACAGGCACGGCUGAGGCUGAAGGCACCCGCAGCACCGACACCAGGGCGCCCCCGGCCCACCUGGGCCCCCGCCUUGGCCCCCGGCCACUCACCAGGACCCCACGGGCGGCCACCCUCCGUGACGCAGAGGAUGAGAUCUUCACACUGUGACACCAGGGACACUGGGGACAUGAUGCCGUGACUCCCACCCUGUGGUGGCAGGGACCCCAGACACCCCCAGCCCUUGCCAGUCUCUACUGGAGGGGACACAGGAUUGGGGGGGAACACACAUUGUCCCCUCCUUGUCUCCUUCGAGGGACCUUUCCUGCUGUAGGGACACCCAGCACCUGGAUGCAGAGCCAGCCCUCUUGCAGGGCUGCUGGGAGGGACUGUGAUGUACUGGGAGGGACUGGGACAGGAUUUACCAGCUGAUGUUUUCCCUCUGGUUGUAUUUAUUUGUACGUCUUUGCUCUCACGGGGGAUUUCGGGGGGUGGGACCCCCAUGCCAAUGCCUGGACCCCCACAGGGAUGGUCUCCUCCCACACUGAGGGCCUGUAAAUAAAACCGAGCACUGUCA